AUGGGCGCGCGCCACCCAGAUCCUGCGCCGCCGUACAAUCUCAGGGCAGAGACCAUUGUGACCGACCUGACGACCGAGCUUCCGCCAUGGAUUCUCUCGUGCUACGGUCCCGGCAGAGACGCGCCCGAGCAGCUUUUCGGAGGCUAUCCGCUCGAACAGAGUUUUGAAGAGAUCAGGUUACACUAUACACAGGCUGCAAUGUCGGGAAACCCCCAGACUGCCUUGAACGAGAUCGAAGGUCUCUACCAAAAUGCCCGGCAGCAGAUACAGCACACGACUAGCAAUGUUGGCGCAGCAAUACAAUUUGUGAUGGACGGCGCCAACAAACAUCCCAACAGAAUUGACAUAUGUCGGCAGGGGACACAGGUCGGAGCGGCAACCGGAGAGUUUGGGAAGGACAAGCCGAGAGCCGCCGGCGCGUUUGGCGCGCCCGCAAAUUCUUUUCAGAAUGCGGCCCCGACUUCGAAUGUGUUUGGUGCCCCCACGGGCCCUGCGGCUGGUGGCGGCGGGUUCGGACAGCCUGCGGUGAUGGGUUCGAAGCCCAACCCGUUUGGCGCCCCGGCUUUUGGCCAGCCCGCUCAACCGCCAGCACAGUCAGCAUUUGGGCAGCCAGCUCAACCAGCACAAUCAGCAUUUGGGCAACCAGUUCCACUUGGUGGAACAUCGGCAUUUGGGCAACCUGCUCAGGUGACAUCAGCCUUUGGACAGACUCCUGCAUUAGGGGUUAAACCCAAUCCGUUUGGAGCGCCAGCGUUUGGGCAGCCAGCGCAACCGGCAGCCGGGUCGACGUUUGGUCAACCAUCAGGGACGGCAUUUGGGCAGGCGAGCCUCCCGGGACAAGCCAGUGGUGGUUCGGCUUUUGGGCAGCCUGCGUUCGGACAAGCGGCACAACCCAGCAGCGCCUUCCGGCAACCUGCACAGAUCGGCGUGAAGGCGAACCCAUUCGGAGCUCCCGCAGCAGGUGCCUUCGGCAAUACACCCCCAGCGGCGGCAAGCAAUGUAUUUGGGCAGCCGGCCCAGCAAGCAGCAACUCCCUUCGGACAGCCAGCGCAGCCGACGCCGGCUUCAAACCCUUUCGGACAGCCUGCCGCACCGAACAACACACCUGCAAGCAACCCCUUCGGGCAACCAGCAGCAGCACCCACGAAUAAUCCGUUCGGACAACCAACCCUCCCGUCGGCGAGCCCCUUUGGAGCGGUAGCAAAUGGUACGCCCAACGCAGGCGCGUUCGGCCAGCCGGCUGCUAUCACAUCGGUGUUUGGCGCCCAGGGGGCCCAAGCCUCUGCGGCACAACCGGCUGCCAAUGCCUUUGGGCAGCCAGCGGCGCCAGCGCCUGACGCAUCAGCAUUCGGCGGCGGCGGGUUCUCGUCUGGAGCAGCUCCGGCGACGUCCGCCCCCAAAGCGGCGCAGGGUCAGGGUCCCUACGCCGCGGGCGCGACACGCCAGCAUCCGGACGUCAACUCGUACAGCUCCAAGGGCCCAGACGGGCGGCUGCGCAUGUUCAAGGGCAAGUCGGUGACAUACCAGGCGCUGCGAGGCGGUGACAAGCCUGUGCCUGUGCUACGCAACUUCAACGGCACCGUCACCAAGGUCUGGUUUCCUGACGGCGCCCCGAACUACACAACCGAGACAGAGGCCGUGAACCCCGAGGCCACCUACCGGGAUCCGGUAGUGCAGCAGCAGUGGAAGGGGUUCCUGGAGACCGGCAAGUUCGAGGCGGGUCUUAUGCCCGAGGUCCCGCCUAGCAGGGAGUAUUGCACUUGGGACUUUUAG